UGUUGAAAUUAUUGUCCAAAUUCCGUCGACUCAACGGUUAGACCCAGCGUAAUUCCGCCUAACUAUUACCGAGGCAUAACUCUUGACUCGGUACCGUGUAAUCCGUCAUCGAAGCCUUCAGCUGUGAGCACUCCAAAGCGCCAGGUCGUCUCCGCACCACUAUCGAUCAAACCACUGCUAUUCAGGGAGACGAGGACAUGAAUUACGCUCGGUCUUUAUCACCACAACCAGUUGUUAUUAAUAUAUCGAGUGGGACCGCUUCCUCCCAUCCUCCCUUCGAGCAUUAUUUUCGUUAGUCAGGAAAUGUAUCGUUGCCCCGAAAAAAAGGUGUAAAUAAGUUAUUUAAGGGCACCACUCAAUCAAUUGCUGUAUUCAGCAUAUCAGUACGCCAAAUUGCGUGCACCACGCGGGGGAGGCGCUCAGUGCGUGCUUUUAUCGCUUGGCAUUCGGAUGGAUUUACGCUGCUACCAUGAUGACCUUUAGGUGCGUUUUUGGAAGCCUGCUUAAUUUUCGGUGAAAUCAGGUACCAGUAUUGAAAGGACAUAGCCCAAUAGUAAUUCAAACAACAAUGACUAUUCUACGGAUAUUGUCAUUCCCCUUCCUAUUAAAUCUGCUAACAGCUGUGACUUUCGGUGCUCCAACCAUUGACAACUUCCAGCUUAUCAUCCUUCACAACAAUGACAUGCAUGCGCGGUUCGAACAAAUCGGGGCCUACGGUAAUGACUGCCAGCCAGAGGAUGUGGCUAGUAAUCGAUGCUACGGGGGAUUCGCACGCGUUGCCCAUAAAAUCCGCGAAUAUCGAGCGCAGGAGGCGAGCGGGGGACUGCCCGUGCUGUACUUGAACGCCGGUGACACCUACACCGGAACACCGUGGUUCGCAGUAUUCAAGGAUAACAUCACUGCCGCUUUCCUAAACAUUCUGAAACCAGAUGCGAUAUCGCUCGGCAAUCACGAGUUCGAUCUUGGCGUGGAAGGUUUGGUACCGUUCCUGAACGAGGUGGACUUUCCCGUUCUGGCAGCUAAUCUGGACCUUUCCAAAACACCCUCAAUGCAAACUGCCAAAUCGCUCCAGACUUCGAUUGUGUUCACGAAGAACAACGUCAAAAUUGGUGUCAUUGGAUACCUGACACCGGAGACGAAACAACUUACCCCCGUAAACACUGUCGAAUACACGGAUGAGAUUGAGGCUAUAAACAAAGAAGCCGCCAAGCUCAAAUCUCAAGGCAUCAAUAUUCUGAUCGCCCUGGGUCACAGUGGACUGGAGCGGGAUCGGCAGAUUGCGGCCGGUUGUCCGGAUAUCGAUGUCGUGAUUGGUGGACACUCGCAUACAUUCCUUUAUUCGGGGCAGGCGCCGGAUAUCGACGUCCCGGAGGGUCCCUACCCGGUGAUGGUCAAAAAUCGUGCAGGCCGAGAUGUUCCCGUUGUUCAAGCGUACGCCUAUACGAAAUAUUUGGGUUCUAUGAAGCUUCGGUUUGACCAGACUGGCAAUCUGCUGGCGUUCGAUGGAAGCCCGAUUCUGUUGAACGGCUCCGUUCCCCGGGACUCGGAUGUACUGCAGCUGUUGGAUGUUUACCGACCAGGUAUUCUGGAGCUGAAUGAGGUUAUCGGACAGACGCGAGUUUUGUUGGACGCUACCAGAUGCCGGUUUGAGGAGUGCAACAUAGGAAAUAUGAUCACUGAUUCUAUGGUUAUGACUUACGCGUCGACUAGGGAACAGCACAACGAACACUGGGCGGAUGCAGCGAUCGCGUUCAUCCAAGGUGGUGGGAUUCGAGCCUCUAUCGAGGUCGGCGUAGAUGGGAAUAUUACAAAGAAGGAUUUGAAGACGGUUCUGCCGUUUGGGAAUGCAAUGAUUCUAGCGGAGGUUACAGGAGAGACCAUCCGGCAGAUGCUGGAACAUAGUGUGGCUCGGUAUAACGGUCGGAAUGGAUACGGCGAGUUCCUGCAAAUGUCCGGAGUGCAAGUCGUUUAUGAUCUCAGUAAACCCACCGGACAGCGAGUGGUUAGUGUAGAAGUGCGAUGUGCUAAAUGUACCACGCCUUCGUUCGCACCUAUUUAUGACUAUGAUCGGUAUAAAAUUCUGCUCAAUCAGUUCCUGUGGGAGGGUGGUGAUGGUUAUGAUAUGUUUAGUGGUCGUAACUUCGAAGUGCUCACGUGGGGAGAGUAUGAAAUGACGGAAGAAUACUUGAAACGCUCGUCGCCAGUUUAUCCGGCGAUCGAAUGGAGGAUUACACUGAGAGGGGAAGCCGACCCCGAGCAGGAGACUACGACGACAAGUAGUACAACCACCCCGUCAACCUCUACAGAAGCAGGAGGAGGCGCUAUGGGAAGUUAUAGAGCAUCUACGACCGCCGCUGUUGUGUUACUUGCCAUUGUUAGUAAUGUUUUACGAAGAUUUUCAUGUGAUAGCUAAUUACUGUGUGUACAAAAUUUGUACAAAUUCGUUAAGCUUGCCAGGAAAAGUAUUGUUAGAGAUUAAGUACAAAAUAAAAGCAUUUCUUUUGUUGUG